AUGCCCCCGCCGGCCCCGGGGACCGCUCGCCCUGCCCCGGGGCAGGUGCGAGCGAGCCUCGGGGCACGCUCAGCCCCAGCGCUCGUGUCCGACCCGGGCGCGCUGAGCGAGGCCCGGGGCGCUCUCCGGGCGGGCUGCGGGACGAGCGGUGCCCCGAGCGGUGCCCCGAGCGUUGCCGGGCAGCUCGGCAGGGACGCGAGCGGUCUCCCGCAGGGUCUGGCUCAGCCGGGUUCCACCUGGCAGGUGGCCCCAGUGACCUUGCCUGAGGGUCAGGCAGCCCCGCCGAUGCGAGGGGACACUGACUGCCGGUCGCCGGCGGAGACACGGGCAUCAAAGUGUGUCCCUCGGUGCCUCUGCCUUGGGCGCAGCUGCGCCACUCUGCAACUAGAUUUCCUGGGAAACGUGGCAGGAGAGUGGCGUGAAUGCAGUUAAUGGCGAGAUGUCAACGGCUGGCCUUUGGCAGCAUCUCUGCAGGAGCACAGCUGCAGCACUUCUCGCUUUGGGACAGUCCCCACGGCACCGUCAAGUGCCACGAGGACCAUGAGCGAUGCCCGGGGCUGGUGCUGAGCCAUCCCUGCCCAGUGGCUGAAGGAUGCCCUGCGGAGGCUCCAUUUCGAACGUGCUGCCUCUGUUGGUGGUGGCUUACAGGAAGCUGGAAUCCAAAUACCUGAGUGCUCGGAAGAGCUUAAGUGAAGGA